AUGUUUUUUGCGGUGGCGUCCAUUCAGGGAGUUUGGCGGGUGUUUGCUUUGGACUCGCGCAAGAACCGCACUUUUGGGCUUUCGACGGCUCGGGCUUUGGGGGACCUUGCUCUGAAAAAGCCGAAGCCCUUCGUUAUAUCCAACCCUACUGUUCAUGUCUACACUCUGCACUUCGACAGAGACGCAUUCCUCGUGUUGGGCUCGGACGGUAUUUUUGAGGUUUUGUCUGACGAUGAAGUUGUCAAUCUCAUUCUCUCUCGCCUUCCCGCAACUCCUCUUGAGGCGUCGCAGUUGGUGGUAGACGAGGCGGUGGCUCGGGGAGGUGAAGACGACAAAACCUGCACAGUUAUUUAUUUUCGGUGGAGAAAAGACCUCUUCCCAACAGCAGAGGCAACAGCAGCAGGAUCAGCAACAGCAGCAGGAGCAAAUGCAGCAGCAGAGGCAGCAACAGCACAAACAGGAGAAGCAGCAGGCGCUUCGAAGCGGAAGACAGAGAUGCAGCUGAAGGAAGAGAAGCACUCGCCAGACACUCAGACGGACACAGACAGCGACACAGACAGUGCACGUAGUGAGACAGAGAAGGAACCCCGGGACAGCCAAGCAAACAAAAACAAAAACAAAAACAAGCAACAAGACGCAUGCAGAAGCCCGCAACGCACAACGGAAACACCGACGGAUGCGCAGGAACAGCACGUAACACAAACAGAGGACAGCAAACAAACAGCGGACAGCAUUUCCAAUAUGAACAGAGAGCAGACAGCAAAUUCCCCUGCCAAGCUCACCUGCAGAGGCAGCAGCAGCAGCAGGGAGGGCGAUGACCCGGCAGGCGCCCAAGCAACGAGCGCAGCGAAGUCUGGCACUCCAAAGAGUACAGACAGCCGGCCUGAAGCAGGAGCGGCAGCAACAUCACCCGCAGCAGCAGCAGCAGCAGCAACAGGAACAUCAUCAACGGCAGCAGCAAAUUUAGAAGAGCCUGAAGGUAAAGGCAUUCGAAUGAGCGGCUUAGAAGAGAUAGCAGCCAUAAAGAGUAACCUGGACGUGGAGGCGCUUAUCCGCAAGCGCAAGAGGGAGCAGCGGAUGGAAGAAGAGGCAGCAGCAGCAGCUGCUGCUGCUGCUGCUGCUGCAGCAGAGCAGGACGACUUCGAUAUGUUUGGAGCAGCAGAGUGA